GAAAUACAUAGACUUAAAAUACGAUUUAUUUAAAUAAAAUUAAGAUAAUAUAAAAUGAGGGAAAGUGAAGUAACAAAGUUCUUAGUAUCAUUUAAUGGGUAUAUAGAAUACGUGACUUUUCCUGCAGGUGUAUUCGAUGACAAUUUGUACAUUCAGUACGAAAUUGUAUGGGGCUUAGAUUGGAAUCCAAUUUCAGGUUUAUGUUCCGGAACUAGCCAAAUGGCACGAUCCGGCAGCGAUCCUGAAAAAGUUAUAUUUAAUAUGCCCGUCGAAAUGGUGUUAGGCAGUACCAACGUUUUCGGAUGGCCACAAAUAGUAGUAACAGUGAGAGCUCAAAACUUCUUCAGCGGUGACACAUUACGGGGUUACGCUCUGUUCUUUCUCCCACCAGUGAGCGGUACACACGAGUUAACAGCGCCAUUGAUGAGGCCGCGUUCUGCUACUGCGCUGGGCGAGUGGAUCGCCUGGCUGACAGGCAGGACACCUGAGCUGGCCGAACCGAGGAUGCUCGCUUCGGGAAAGGAAAAUUAUUUGUUAAAAACGGAGUCCUAUGGCCACGUAAAGUUAAAAAUGACCAUGGUUUCAAAAGACCUGAGGAAGCUCGGCUACGACAACAUGGCGCCAGUUAUAAAAAUGUAGAUUAUCUUAUAUUUAACAAAAAAUACGAACUUA